AUGACUAAAUUAGGCGUUGUUUUAAUCAUCUACAUUGUGCUGAUCAAGGAAACUGUUUGGUCUGGAAAAAAUGUGGUUUGCUAUUUCGGUAGUUGGGCCAAUUAUCGGGCCGGAUUGGGAAAGUUCACCGUGAACGACAUUGACCCAACUCUAUGCACGCAUCUAAAUUACGCAUUCUUCGGCCUCAACAUAGAUGGCACGGUGGCAAUUUUGGACAGCUGGCUAGAUCUGCCGUCGGGGCUAAAUUUCAUUCAGCAAUUCAAUAAUCUAAAGCAGAAAAAUCCGGGCUUGAAAACGUUGGCUGCUAUCGGGGGUUGGAAUUUGGGUUCGACUCAAUUUUCGACUGUUGCUAAAAGUGCCACGCUGAGAAGCAAAUUUGCAGUGCAAGCUCGACAGUUCUGCCAAACGUAUGGAUUCGAUGGGAUCGACAUAGACUGGGAAUAUCCGGCUCAGCGCGAGGGCUCGGAUGCAUCGGUUGAUAAAGCCAAUUUUGUUUUAAUGCUUGGAGAACUGAACACCGAGCUUAAAAAGUUUGGUCUUUUACUAACUGUCGCUGUGGCAGCCUCCGCUAGUUCUGCCUCUAUUUCGUACGAUAUUCCUGGCGUAUCGGAAAAUGUCGAUUACAUUAAUUUGAUGGAGUAUGAUUUCCAUGGUUCUUAUGAUGGCGUAACUGGAGAAAAUGCUCCUCUUACUGCUGGACCAGCUGAUGUGACUCCGCAACAAAAAGAACUCAAUGUGAUGAACAGCGUUGAGUAUUGGUUAUCCGAAGGAGCGCCAGCUUCGAAGCUAAAUCUUGGAAUGCCGUUGUAUGGUAGAACUUUCACGUUAACUAAUGCAAAUGUUAACGGGGUGGGUAAACCAACCUCCGGUGCCGGACAAGCAGGUCCGUACACAGCAGAAGCAGGAUUUUUGGGCUAUAAUGAGAUUUGUGAAAAACUGUCGGCCGGUGGUUGGACUCAAGUUUGGUACGACGCACAGAAGGUUCCGUACGCCUACAGCGGUAAUCAAUGGAUUGGAUAUGACAACGACAAAAGCUUUUUGGCCAAGUGUGACGUGGUGAACUCUUAUGGUUUAGCUGGCGGCAUGCUUUGGUCAAUUGAAACUGAUGAUUUUCUAGGAAAAUGUGGUCGAAAGUUCGAGCUGACUGCAACCCUGAAAGAUUGUUUAGCGUCCACUUCGACUGCAACAACUGCAAAACCCUCUACAACAACGGCAACUACCACCAAAACAACAACCAAAACAUCAACUACGACUGCUAAAACUCCUACAACGGUAACAACCACUAAGGCUUCUGCUACGACGACAAAAUCAUCUAGCACAGGACCGUUUGUUUGCACAACAACAGGAUACUUCAGAGAUCCCGUUGACUGUAGCAAAUAUUACUACUGCUCUGGAACAACUCAAUACGCUUUCUCGUGCCCCGCUGGUUUGUACUUUUCACCUCCAAUAUUAGCUUGUGACUGGCCGGCCAAUUUUAUGGAAAUCAAUAAACCAUAUCUGCAUCACUAUCUGUUUAGUCUUAUGUUCUACUAUGAGAUCAUCCAGUUGCGCCUUUCCUCUUUACAAGCUCAGUCGCCUUCGCCUCAGCGUAUUCCGAAAGUACCUACUUCUUCUGACCAGGGAUGGUCUUGA